AUGCCUUUUAAAAUUUUUCCAAAUUUUUUCGAUGUAUCGGUCACGUACAUUAUUUUCUUUUGGAGUGAUUUUCACUUCGUAGAAACGGCGGUAUACUAUUACUACCUGAUGGUUAACAUAAAGAGCUUCAACACGAAGGAAAACGUACUUAUAAGCCUGUGUAUCCCUUUCAUCCGUGAGAAUAUAGAGGAUCAGAGCUUGUUCAACUCGGUUUUCUACUACUACAUAAUAAAUCCGGAGGGCAAAUGGAUGAUAGGACAGCUAUUUGAGCUAGUUGCCAUGUUCAGGAUUGACGUGUCGAGGGUGCUGAUCGAUUACCUGUUGUAUUUCUUAUUCUACUACAAAUUGUUCGUUUUCUGGAUCAUUAUGAUCAUACUGCUCUUCAUCGUGCAGCUAAGCAUUUUCCGAUGCAACAAGAACUGGAAACGAAAGGCGAUACACUUUUUCAUGCUGCCGUGUAUAUCCAACAUGAACUACUUCACGCGCUACAACCUGGAUAUAAUCAUUCUCCUCAACGUUUUUCUGAGCGUGAAUUUUAAGCGGUCUGCGUUGUUCAAGCAUUUCACAAGUAGCAAGGAUCAUGGAAAUAUUCCGGUAUCAAAUGUUUUGAUUCUUUGCUCUACGUACUACCCGUACUAUUUUCUUGAAAAGUGUGAGGAUUUUAUCGCGUUGCUGAUAACGGUCUUCAUGCUUGACAGCAUGGCGUCAAUCAUAGGUACAUAUCUCGAAAAGAAGGAUAAAAGUGUGCAGGGCAUGCUUUCUGGUGUUCUUUCCGCAAUUGUUUUGCACUACCUUUUAUUUAGAAAUUUUAACUAUGUAUUUUACUAUUUCAUGAUGGGAAUUGUGGAAUAUAUCGUCUCAUGCAACGAUAACCUCAUACUGCCCUUAAUUUCCGUGCUUUUUUUUAAGUUUCAAUCCUCGUGA